GACAGGAGCCUAGUUUUCUGGGGGAUAAAAGGCGGCUAUUUAUCGGACUGCUUUGUGUUGGUGUUGCAAACUUUACGCAUUUUCAACAGUUUCACCAUGGCAGCAAUAAUAAGUGCCGUAACUGUAAUUUCCCUCAUAGUGACAGCAUUAUAUGCCGUUAUUAGUGUGGCGACAGCCUACAUUUUGUGCAAGAGAAAGAAUAUUUCUUCAGCUAUCGAGAAGUGGGUUGUUUCUUGGUUGGUGUUCGAUGCCAUUAUACACUUCACACUGGAAGGACCGUUUGUGAUCAUCUCCAGUCUUGGCACGGUUGAGAAUUCAACCCAUUUCACUGCACUCCUGUGGCAGGAGUAUGGCAAAGCGGACAAGCGCUGGUUGGUUUCGGACCCGACGAUCGUAUCCCUGGAGAUGCUGACUGUCUUCCUCGACGGCCCGCUCUGUGUGUUGCUGGUGUACGCCAUCCUGGACGACAAGCACUACCGCCAUUUUGUGCAGAUAGUCCUCUGUGUCUGUGAACUGUAUGGAGGUUGGAUGACGUUCUGUCCAGACUGGUUUGUGGGCAGCCCCAAUCUGGUGACUGACAACGCCCUGUACCUGUGGGUUUAUCUCGUUUUCUUUAAUGGCCUGUGGGUUGUGAUUCCACUUGCCAUGCUCUGGCAGUCCUGGGUUCAACUCCGAGAAGCCCACUCCCCCAAAAGACCAACGUCCUUAAAACUUAGCAGGGACUACUCGUCACAGGGGGCGUACCCAACAACCAUAAGGGCUAAAACGUCCGAUGUUUCCAAGUCGGGCCCAAACAGUGCCGAAAAUAGUACCCGUGGUUACAAUCUUCGUAAGAGGAACUAGGAUGAUUUCUGGUUUUAAAUGAUGAAAUUGAAAAAUUCUAUUUUGAUAUGCUUAUACUUGUGUAUACAUAUUAAUCAACUAUUUUUUAUAACAAUCUUUUAGAGAUUUUUAAGUUUAUUCUUUAAUGGCUUGUCAGAUACGGAAUGUACAUUUUAAAGAUUAUGUGACUGGGAUUUUAAUGUACAAAAAAGAACUGGGUAGAUGCUGACCGUAAUUAUUUUGGCAUAAUAUGCUAAAAUAAGCCUAAAAUUACACAAUUACGCUUGUUCGGCACCAAAUUACUGGUUUUUAUUUUAUUUUGUCAUUUUUGAACAAAAAGUCACACAGAGCAAAUUUUUAACGUACCGGUGAUAGUAUUAUUACUAGUCUAUUCACGUGUCCCUGUUCCAAAGUUUUACCUUGACGUAAUAUUGGCCAUUACAUUAUUAGACAUCUUUUGGUGUGUUUGGGUGUUCCUUUUAUCCCUGCUAUGACCUUGAUCCUCUGUCUACAUUUGCUGCAUCUUCAACUUCUCAGAUCUACAGUGAAAUUUUGUAGUUAAUUAAUUAUCUAUAUUGUUGAAGGGAUAUACAUUCAGUGGUAGCGACUGCUUGUUGUAAGAGACGACUAACGGGAUCGGGUGGUCAGGCUCGCUGACUUGGUUGAUGCAUGUCAUCGUUUCCCAAUUGCGUGGAUCGAUGGUCAUGAUGUCAAUCACUGGAUUGUC